CCAAACUCCGAUUUGCGAGGGAACCAAAAGUCGGACAAGGACGUUUUGUGGAUAAUAUUUGGCAUAAACAAUAGAACUAUUAGACAUCUAAUUCAACGAUGCCACGAAUUGACAACGACAUAAAACUCGACUUCAAGGAUGUUUUGUUUCGACCAAAAAGAAGUACAUUGCGAAGCCGAUCCGAUGUUGACUUGGUCCGGACAUUCCAGUUCCGUAACUCAGGCCAGACCUACACAGGUAUCCCAGUGAUGGUGGCGAACAUGGACACAACAGGCACGUUUGAGAUGGCAAAAGCUGUCGCCAAGCACCUGAUGUUCACUGUGAUACACAAACACUACAGUGUUGAGGAAUGGACAGAAUUUGCUGCUGAAAACAAGGACAUUUUGCAACACAUAGCGGCAAGCACUGGAACGGGUGAGAACGACCUGACUAAGUUGAAGCAGAUCCUCGAUGCAGUCCCGGACAUCAAGUACCUGUGUGUGGACGUUGCUAACGGUUACUCAGAACACUUCGUGCAGUUUGUGAAGAACUGCCGUGCGGAGUUUCCCAAACACACUAUAAUGGCAGGUAACGUGGUGACGGGGGAGAUGGUGGAAGAGCUCCUGCUCUCGGGUGCUGACAUCAUCAAGGUCGGGAUUGGUCCAGGCUCGGUGUGUACGACUCGCAAGAAGACCGGCGUAGGCUACCCGCAGCUCAGCGCGGUCAUUGAGUGCGCAGACGCUGCACAUGGGCUCGGUGGUCAUAUCAUCUCGGACGGUGGCUGUACCUGUCCUGGUGAUGUGGCGAAGGCGUUCGGGGCCGGGGCGGACUUUGUGAUGUUGGGCGGGAUGUUUGCGGGUCACGCGGAGUCCGGGGGUGAGAUGGUGGAGAAAGGCGGGAAGAAGUACAAGAUCUUCUACGGGAUGAGCUCAGCCACCGCCAUGAAGAGACACGCUGGGGGCGUGGCAGACUACAGGGCAUCGGAAGGUAAGACGGUACAGAUUGAGUACAGAGGCCUAGUAGAGGUCACAGUACAGGACAUUCUCGGCGGCGUGCGGUCCACAUGUACUUAUGUCGGGGCGGGAAAACUCAAAGAGCUGAGCAGACGCGCGACAUUCAUCCGGGUCACGCAGCAGCUUAAUGAGGUGUUUGCUGCAAGCACCAAGGACGAUUGAUGAUUGCCAACAGUUUUAGAUGAAUUUUUGUUUGAAUUUCGUUCCUCAUGUUAGCUUUGUUUCCUCCGUAAAAUAAAAUUGUGUCAUUACACUUAAAUUAAAUUUUGCUAAGUUUUCAAUUUCAUUACCAAGCUGAAGAAAUAAACAUUCCCAUAUUGCUAUGGUUAAAAUAAAAUAAAAUUAUAUUGCUGCAAAAAUAUUAACCCUUUAAAAACAAUUAAUACAAUUCAAGAACUUAAAAAAUGUAUGAAAAGAAACUUUUGUUCAAUAUUUUAGACGUUUUCAAUGGAGUUUAAACAAUUACCUGGGGGUAAUUUAUGUUUUGUUUUAAGCAGCUAUAUUUGAUCGAUUUUAUCCAUGUUGGUACCAUUCCCAACAUGGGAAGAUUCCCAUAUUCCAAGUAUAUAUGGAAAUUGUUGUUUGCAUGGAAUCUGCUCGGAGAUCUGAUCCAGUUCUUUAGGAACUGAGAGACUUGUUUUCCAUUUUACUGUACAGCCUCUUGCUUUUGAUUCCGAAAAACUGCUCGAUAAACCAAAAAAAAUGGUAGAUUUAAAUAUUUUUAAAAUAUUACAUCAUUCAAUUGUUUAUCAGUAAAAUACCAAUUUAAACUGCAUUUAAAAUAUUACAUCAUUCAAUUGUUUAUCAGUAAAAUACCAAUUUAAACUGCAUUUUUUUCUUAUAAAUUGGUAUUCAAGUGUCUUCUACCAAUCAAGUUAAUGAUGUCUUUGUUAAUUUUCUUUUUAUUGGACUUUUGUAUUUUGGUUUUGGGGGAAGAUUUAUUUUUUUACAUUUGGAAAAAUUUAGUUAGAAAGUUACUGCAUCUUUAAAUGUGUUCAUUUUAAACUAGGAGCUAGGAAAAGAUAUAGACUGAAAUGACAGGAUGCCGACGGCAGCUCCUUUUUUGCUCCUGAACCUACCCCUAGGGGUAAGUCUAGGUUAUCACAUUCUUGUAAUUCGGCCUAUUUGUAUGCAUAAGGAAGUGGGUAUUUUUCUUGUAGCUUGUUGAAUUAUAUGUACUGCACAACUCGCACAAACAUGUUCUCUUAUUUUUAAGUGCUUUGAAACUUAAUAAAACCUGUUUAAUUUUCUUUGAAAAUUUAAAUUAUUUGAUAUAAUGAAUGCAAAAUAUGAAAUGUUCCGAUGUUUUGUCUAUAGCUUCUUCAUUGUUUAAAUGAAAGUGAAGUGGAAUUGACAACAUGAUAAUAAUAUACCUUUUGAAAGCAUAAUUAUAUCAGCAGUGUUUUUUAAGAAACAUUUUUGUUAAAGCUUGUUCAUGCAUUUUUUGUUGUUGACACUUUUACCUUUCUGUCUGAUUUUUGUGUGCUUUUGCUUUUGGUAUUUUUUGUUUGCAUGCAAUUUUUAUUACUUUUUAAUUAUCAUUGAAAUAAAGAAGUGAAAUGUG